CGCCGGCUUUCAGUGAUGCAGUUAGAAAUGAAAAAGCCGCAAUGGAGACAACAACGAGCGACAAUGUUGAGGACGGUGAACCCGAAAGAGCAAUGUGGGGAAAUCAAAUUGAAUUCCUCAUGUCUUGUAUUGCCACUUCCGUGGGAUUGGGCAACGUAUGGCGAUUCCCCUUCGUUGCCUACCAAAACGGUGGCGGAGCCUUUCUUAUACCAUACAUAAUAGUUCUUAUACUUAUAGGAAAACCCAUGUAUUACCUUGAAGGUGUGUUGGGUCAGUUUAGUUCUAGAAACACUGUCAAAGUAUGGUCGCUAGCUCCUGCAAUGAAAGGCAUAGGCUACGCGCAGUCUUUAGCUUGUAGUUACAUCCUGUCCUACUACGUGUCCAUCAUUGGACUGUGCCUUUACUACCUCGCUAUGAGCUUUCAAUCAACUUUACCAUGGGCUAUAUGUGAACCUGAAUGGCUCAACUGUGUACCAUCAGGACAAACGGAAAAUAUCACACUAACAAACGAAUCACGUAGCAGUGCCGAGCUUUAUUUUGUAAAAACUGUACUGCAACAGCCCGAUGGAAUAGAAGGUGGUCUUGGUUUGCCUCUUUGGUACCUCACACUUUGUCUAUUAGCAUCAUGGUUUGUGAUAUUCGUGAUUGUCUCCAGAGGUGUUAAGAGUUCUGGGAAGGCUUCCUACUUCCUCGCCCUGUUCCCUUAUGUUGUGAUGAUCAUAUUGCUCAUCAGCACGGUCAUACUACCCGGAGCAGGAGAUGGCAUCUUGUUCUUUAUAACUCCGCAAUGGCACAAAUUAAUUGAACUAAAUGUGUGGUACGCAGCUGUAACUCAGGUAUUCUUCUCGUUGUCUGUUUGCACGGGGCCCAUCAUUAUGUUUUCUUCCUACAAUGGCUUCAGACAAAAUGUUUACAGGGAUGCUAUGAUUGUCACCACUCUGGACACGUUCACUAGUUUACUAUCCGGCUUCACUAUCUUCGGUAUCCUCGGGAAUCUUGCAUACGUGCUUAAGCGUGAUGUCAGCGAAGUGGUGGGCUCAGGAGGAACUGGACUCGCGUUUGUUUCAUACCCCGAUGCCAUUGCGAAAACCUUCCAGCCUCAGCUUUUCUCAGUCUUAUUCUUUUUGAUGAUGUCCGUACUCGGGGUUGGUUCUGCCGUGGCGUUGUUGUCUUCUGUCAACACUUUGUUAUUGGAUGCCUUCCCUCGUGUCCGGACCGUAUACAUGUCCGCCUUGUCUUGUACAAUUGGAUUUGGUAUCGGUCUUGUUUAUGUAACACCGGGAGGCCAAUAUGUUUUGGAAAUUGUUGACUACUACGGUGGAACUUUCCUUAUACUAUUCUGUGGUAUUGCUGAAAUUCUUGCAGUAUUUUGGAUUUACGGUCUUGAAAACAUAUGUACAGACAUCGAAUUCAUGUUGGGAAUCACCACAUCUAUAUACUGGCGCUUCUGUUGGGGUAUCAUCACGCCCGCGAUGAUGGUUGUAGUAUUUAUUUACGCCCUGCUGUCAUUUGAUAACUUACUGUUUGGAGGUCAUUACGUGUAUCCUACGGCAGGUUAUGUGGCAGGUUACAUGAUGCUGUUCGUCGGAGUAGCUUUUGUGCCAAUCUUCAUAGGAUUGACCAUGUAUAAAAAUAGAUCUGGAAACUUCUUGGAGACUUUUAAGAAGGUGUUCCGCCCUAAAUCAUCGUGGGGUCCCCGAUCUCCGACCACUCGAAGGGAAUGGCAACUUUACUCACAAGAUGUGCAAUCAUUUCGUCGGAGUCUAAACAAGUCCUGGCUCGGACACAUCGGGGCAACGUUAACAGGAGGAUACCAACGUGCAUUUAGAUAUAAUAAAAUGAUACAAUACAUGGUGUGCCGACCCCACAUAGGCAAGGCUGACAGUAAGAAAACUACGGAAAAAAAUGAAGAGAGGGUAAAUAUAGCUUUCGAUGCCAGCCCGGAAAACAUGAAUGACUUACAAGAAAAAAGUAAAUCAGAUAAGAACACAAAGAAACCGGUCCAUGAACGACCAACAUGGGGCAACCAAAUCGAAUUUCUGAUGUCAUGCAUCUCGACAUCGGUAGGUUUGGGAAAUGUAUGGCGCUUUCCUUUCGUAGCGUACGAGAACGGGGGCGGUGCGUUCCUCAUCCCUUAUAUUAUUGUACUGAUAGUCAUCGGUAAACCUAUGUAUUAUCUUGAAACAGUUCUUGGACAAUUCAGUAAUAGUAACUGCGUUAAAGUGUGGGCACUUUCGCCGGCUAUGAAAGGUACCGGAUAUGCGCAAGCUUUGGGCGCUAUGUAUUUAGUUUCAUAUUACGUUUCAAUCAUCGCCCUGUGCUUCUACUACCUGGCAAUGAGCUUCCAGGAUCCUUUACCCUGGGCAAUAUGCAAUCCCAAUUGGAGAGAUUGUGUACCUUCAGGAGAAUCAGUUAAUAUGAGCGCCAUAGAAGGCAGCCCCUCAAGCAGUGCCGAGCUGUAUUUCACAAAGACAGUCCUUCGUCGGUCAGACGGAAUUCACGAUGGAAUCGGUGUUCCAUUAUGGGAUCUCACUCUCUGUUUGCUGAUUUCUUGGAUUAUAAUAUUCCUGAUCGUCGCCCGAAGCGUGAAGAGUUCUGGCAAAGCGGCCUAUUUCCUCGCUUUGUUCCCUUACGUUGUGAUGCUCGUCCUUCUUAUAAGAGCUGUAACCCUUCCUGGGGCAGUAAAUGGAAUUCUAUUUUUCGUUACACCGGUUUGGAGUAAAAUCCUUGAAGUUCGAGUAUGGUAUGCUGCAGUUACUCAAGUAUUUUUCUCUUUAUCAGUUUGUUCGGGUACAUUGAUUAUGUUCUCUUCCUACAAUGGAUUUAAACAGAACGUUUACAGGGACUCCAUGAUCGUAACAACAUUGGAUACGUUCACCAGUUUAAUGUCAGGUAUAACAAUUUUCGGCAUUUUGGGUAACCUUGCAUACGAAUUGGGUUACGACGAUAUAACCAAGGUCAUAGGCAGUGGUGGCACCAGUUUGGCCUUUGUAUCCUACCCAGACGCCAUUGCGAAAUCACCAGUUGUGCCUCAGCUAUUCUCCGUGUUAUUCUUCCUGAUGAUGGCCACACUGGGCAUUGGGUCGGGCGUGGCGCUUCUGUCAGUGAUCAACAGUGUUCUGCUGGACGCCUUCCCACGCGUGCCCACGCAUUUCAUGUCCGCUGGAGUUUGCAUCUCAAUCUUUCUAAUGGGACUCGUUUAUGUCACCCCUGGAGGUCAAUACGUUCUGGAAAUAGUCGACCAUUAUGGUGGAACUUUUAUGAGGCUGUUCUCCGCUAUUGCAGAAACGAUUGCCAUAUUUUGGAUUUAUGGACUUGAAAAUUUAUGUCUUGAUAUUCAAUACAUGCUUGGCUUUAAGACUUCGUUCUUCUGGAGAGUUUGCUGGGCUAUCGUCACGCCGCUUCUCAUGACAACUGUGUUCUUCUACGCAAUGAUAACAUCGGAGAGAAUCUUAUUUGGAAAAACGUACGAAUAUCCUGAGGAAGCGUAUAUUGCUGGACAGGUUCUUCAAUAUGUCGGAAUGGCGUUGGUUCCCCUGUUCAUAGCACUCGCUUUGUGGAAAUAUAAAACUGGACAUAUCAUUGAGACGAUCAAAUCAGCUUUCCGCAAGAAGACGUCCUACGGUCCGACCGAUCCAGUGAGAUUCGAGGAAUGGAAAGCAUUCAGACGGCAAGCAAAAGAGGAACGCGUAUAUCAACGAAAGAACUGGUUCCAUCACAUAUGCAUUACAUUAUUUAAAGGAUACAAAGCGACGGGAAAUUCUGCAAAAUAGACGUGAUCUCUACAACUACGACUUAUAAAAAUGACGGUACCCGUCUUUA